UUUUUGUUUUUUGGCUGCGCCCCGAGGCUUGUGGUAGUGGGAUCUUAGCUCCCCGACCCGGGAUCAAACCCAGACCCUUGGCAGUGAAAGCACAGAGUCCUAACCACUGGACCGCCAGGGAAUUCCCGGGGUCAUCUAUCAAAUCUCAGCCAGGGUGCAGGGACUAGGGACCAGGUCGGCCUUGUGCCCAGCAGGGUCCCCAGCACCCAGCUCAAGGGCAGAGGGCCCCCAAAAUGUUGAAAGACAGGAACAGAGGCUUGGGGUUCAGGCUGGCGGUGUGAGGGCCCAGAGUGUGUGCGGAGCAAACAUGCACACAGAGAGUAGGCAAAGCGAUGACAGGAAGAGGCACGGGGCGGGGCUGGAAAGUUUUGGCCUGGAGAGGUGGGAGGAGUGUCCUGUUCUCCCUCCUCCUGGGGCAGCUCCACCCGCCCUGGUGGCCCAGCCCAUCCACUUGUGCCAAGGAAUGUGCCUGGGAGAGGCAGCCUGGGAGGCGGGCGGGCGGGCGGGGCAGCAAAGCUGCGGCCACCCGGAGGCAGCACACAGGUCUGAGGCUGAGGGGCCGGGGCUCAGGUGGGGCAGGGACCCCAAAUGCCCCCCCCGGGGCACACGUGUAGUCUUCAGAGAAGAGCCAGGCAUCCCCCUAAUUCCUUGUCCCACCGGUAGGCAUCUGGCCUCUCCAAGAAUUCUCCCUGAGCACCCUAAGUUUUCUGUGCUCAGCCCAGGCACUGUGAGCCAAGGAGCUUUCUGGUGCUGGCGAUGGCGGUGGUGGUGUGUGCUUAGGCGCUCUCUGUGCUGGCCUCCGUCAACGUGGAGGUGCCGGGCCACCAUGCUCAGUCUCAAGCUGCCCCAACUCCUUCGCGUCCACCAGGUCCCCAGGGUGUUCUGGGAAGAUGGUAUCAUGUCUGGCUACCGCCGCCCCACCAGCUCAGCCUUGGACUGUGUCCUCAGCUCCUUCCAGAUGACCAACGAGACCGUCAACAUCUGGACUCACUUCCUGCCCACUUGGUACUUCCUGUGGCGCCUCCUGGCGCUGGCGGGAGGCCAGGGCUUCCGGUCGGAGCCCUACCACUGGCCGCUGCUCGUCUUCCUGCUGCCCGCCUGCCUCUACCCGUUUGCGUCGUGCUGCGCGCACACCUUCAGCUCCAUGUCACCCCGCGCGCGUCACAUCUGCUACUUCCUGGACUACGGCGCGCUCAGCCUCUACAGCCUGGGCUGCGCCUUCCCCUAUGCCGCCUACUCCAUGCCGGCCUCCUGGCUGCACAGCCGCCUGCACCAGCUAUUUGUGCCCGCCGCCGCACUCAAUUCUUUCCUGUGCACCGGCCUCUCCUGCUACUCCCGGUUCCCAGAGCUAGAAAGCCCUGCGCUCAGUAAGAUCCUCCGCACGGCUGCCUUCACCUAUCCCUUUCUGUUCGACAACCUCCCGCUCUUCUAUCGGCUCGGACUGUGCUGGGGCAGGGGCCACAGCUGUGGGCAGGAGGCACUGAGCACCAGCCACGGCUACCACCUCUUCUGCGCGUUGCUCACUGGCUUCCUCUUUGCCUCCCACCUGCCUGAGCGGCUGGCACCAGGACGCUUUGAUUACAUCGGCCACAGCCACCAGCUAUUCCACAUCUGUGCAGUACUGGGCACACACUUCCAGCUGGAGGCGGUGCUGGCUGAUAUGGGAUCUCGCCGAGCCUGGCUGGCCAUGCAGGAACCGCCGCUGGGCCUGGCGGGCACAGUGGCCACACUGGGCUUGGCAGUGGCUGGGAACCUGCUCAUCAUUGCUGCUUUCACAGCUUCCCUAUUUCAGGCUCCCAGUACGUGCCCCCUGUUGCAGGGUGGCCCGCUGGAGAGGAAUACAAAGGCCAAACUACAGUGAGGCCCCAGCUCUGAGCCUGCCCUGGAGGGAAGCAGAGGCCAGGUGCCCCCCCCCGCCGCCCCCACCCCCGUGCUGGGGAGGAGCCCAGACCCAGGCCUGAUAAGACAGGGGCACUUCUGAGCCUGGAACCAAGAGGAGUGGCUGAGGAGAGAGUGCGGAGAUCAGAAGGCAGAGGAGAGGAGAGGCGCUGGGAGGCUGGUAGAGAGUAGGAGGGUCAGGGAGGGUGCUCUUGAUGGGGCUGGGGGAAGUGCUGAGGGUCUGAGAGGGGAGGUGCGUGUGUCCAGGCUGGAGCUGCCCCACCUGCCAUUGAAGGCUGGGAUGGGGAGGUGUUGGGCCC